AUGGCUGCUGACAUAUACGUCACGCAAAUAAACUUGCAGCACUGCAUAGCGGCAACCGAUAUUCUUCGGUUGCGGCUGAUAAAGCUGCACAAAUUUUUAACUCUGAUUCAGGAGCCCUGGAUUAGGGGAGGCGAGGUGAGGGGCCUUUCCUUCAAAGGUGGUAGGCUCUUCUUCUCGCCCAAGGAUACGAAUCCGAGGGCGUGUAUACUUGCUUCCACUGAUUUGAGGGCUCAAUUACUAACAAAUUUCUGUUUCAGAGAUCUGGUAGCGGUUCAGAUUCUAGACUGUAGAGGACCGCUGAAGAAUCUAGUGGUGUGUUCGGCACACCUUCCCUACGACUCCCCGGACCCACCACCAUCAAGGGAAUUGGAGGAGCUGGUCGAAUUCUGUCAACGGAAAGGAUGGCCCUUGCUCGUUGGGUGUGACGCUAAUGCCCAUCACAUUUUGUGGGGUCAACCCGAGGGAGGUGAUGAGCCGACCUUCGUUACUUCGAGUACAAGGGAGGUGCUCGACAUAACUUUGUGUAGCAGUUCCAUCGCUGACUUCUUCGAGAAUUGGCGUGUUGCAACGGAAGUGAUCUCUCUAUCAGACCACCGACACAUCUGCUUCACUAUCAAAGGGAACAGAAUUUCAAAGGAUCCAGAAAUUUUCAGGAAUCCGAGAAGAACAGAUUGGUCCAAUUACUUGACAGACCUCUCUGACAACCUAGGACAGGAGAACCUUGUACCAAAGAACACGAGAGAAUUGGACACUGCUGCUGACAAGCUGCAGGAGUGCAUUAUCUCAGCCUACCACAGCAGUUGUAGACCUCAAUUUCGUAGACCAAAGGGUCAGACGAAGUGGUGGACACCUGAGCUAACUGAUGCCAGACUUACUAGCAGGCAUCUCUUUAACAGGGCAAUGAGAUCUGGCCUUGGAAAUGACUGGGACGAUUACAAAUCGGCCAUGAAGAGAUACAAAGGACUCAUAAGGAAGUCCAAGCGUGAAUCGUGGGGGCGCUUCUGUAGCGAUAUAGAGGGUGCACCUGAAACCAAUCGGCUGAGGAAGAUACUCUCUGCAGGAGGCACAGUCACGAUGGACUACUCAAAGCUUCCUACCGGGCAUAAAACAUGCUCAGAGGAAGAAAGCUUAAGACAUCUCCUAGAGGCUCAUUUUCCGGGCUUCACAGAGAACAACAACACGCAGGAUGAGCGCCAACGACAUGCCUCACGAGAGGACUGGAAGUUGGCUUCACAAGUGGUAACACAGUCUCGAAUCCGAUGGGCUAUUAACGGAUUCGAGCCCUACAAAGCAGCGGGCGAGGAUGGCAUAAUUCCGGCACUCCUUAUUGAGGGUCUUCCCCACUGCUUAACAUACUCCGAGAGAGUCUAG